UCAGGCUUGUCCAAAGCUUGGCGUUUAUUUUCCAUUUUCCAUUUUCCAUUUUCGUCUUUUUCUUCUUUCUUCUUCAUCUCAAUCUUCUCCUUUGUCUUUUUCUGUCUGACUUCGGUCCUUUCCCUGGACUGGUCAUUUCGCUUCGUUUGAGGUCCAAUCGGGGUGCAGUCGGCACGUUCGGUCCUUUCUCCAUCCCUUGUACUCCGUACACCGUACAGCCUCGUGGUUAUUCAUCUGCCUUGUUCUCUGAUCAGACUGAUUUUCCCUUUCGAUGGGACACCUCACCACCACCAACACCCAUUGAUUCUUCCGUUCUUGACCAUUCUCUUUUCUCUCUGGUCGCCUACCCCUGAUUGUUCAUUGACAUCGUCGAGUCAAGACGCGACAAUCUUUGGUUCCAGGGGUUGAUCGUCUGUUUCGGGACAAAACCGGCGGCGGCAACAGAUCAUCCGCCCGGUCUGGCCAAGUCUUGAUCGUCUCUUUGGACUGCAGAAGAUCUGUUUUUCCAAUGAUCCUCUUGGGAUUGGAAUCCAUUUGCUCUUUCUAUUUCUGAUGCUGUAUUAUUAUUGUUAUUUUUAGUUUGCUUCGUCCCUCUUCCCCACCUUGUUUAUUGACUUGUCUGUUUCUUCACCGUUCAAUUCCCCUGGGAGGCUUUUCGUUCCCACGAGCCUCUAGUGACUGCAAUCAUGGGCUGGCCCAAGUGUAAUGCAACACUCGAACAUGAGACGAUCACCGAGGUUCCCUUGUGGCCAGAUGGGAUCACCUUUCAUAAUUUAUGUUUAGUUGUCGGGGGGGUAUUUGCCCUCAUCGCGUGUGGGUUCUCCUUCUACUUGAUCAUGGGCCAUGCCACACAUUACAGCAAACCGGAGGAGCAACGCCAAAAUAUCCGCAUCCUGUUAAUGAUCCCCGUCUACUGCAUUGUCGCAUGGGUCGGCACUUUCUUCUACAAGCACUCCGUCUACUACAGUGUCAUUGGCGACUGCUACGAAGCGUUCACUAUCUCCGCCUUUUUCGCGCUGAUGUGUCACUAUCUCGCCCCGGACCUGCAUAGUCAGAAGGAAUAUUUCCGAGGAAUCGCGCCGCAACCGUGGGUCUGGCCGGUCACUUGGUUUCAGAAAUGUGGCGGAUGGCGCAAAAUAUGGAGGACGCCUCGAAGCGGCCUGACGUGGUUUAAUAUCAUUUGGAUAUCGGUCUUUCAGUAUUGUCUUCUGCGGGUGCUCAUGACGAUUCUCGCGGUGGUCACGCAAACGUUCAACUUGUACUGCGAGGACUCGCUCAAUCCGGCGUUUGCCCACAUCUGGGUCUUGGUCAUCGAGUGUACCUCGGUCACGAUCGCCAUGUACUGUUUGAUCCAGUUCUUCAUCCAGGUCCGGCCCGAUAUCAACCACCACAGUCCCUUCCUGAAGAUCUUGUCGAUCAAACUGGUCGUCUUCCUUUCGUUCUGGCAAACCUCCCUCAUCUCCUUUCUCUUCUCAUCCGGCGCCAUCAAAGCAACCGACAAGAUCCAAGCGCCCGACCUGAACGUCGGACUUCCCAACCUGCUCAUCUGUAUCGAGAUGGCCAUCUUCUCCGUCUUACACCUGUGGGCGUUUUCGUGGAAGCCGUACGCGUUCGACAAAUGGACAUUCGAUGAAGUGAACGACGUCUAUGGCGAUCGCAAACCGAAAUACUACGGCGGAUUCUGGGGCCUCAAAGCUCUCCUCAACGCCUUCAACCCGUUGGACAUCGUCAAGGCCGUAAGCCGCGGCUUCCGCUGGCUAUUCGUCGGCCGCAAGACGCGCAUGAUGGACCCCAGCUACCAACAGACCCCCGACGACGCCAUCGGGCUGAACGCCUCCGAGCCAGGCACGAACCACGCAACCGCCUACGAAGGCGCCAGAGGAUCAUUCACAAACGCCGGCCCCCAACCCGGACGAUACUACCCCGAUCCGAACACCGACGAAGAAGGCGCCGUGCUCCUGUCGCACGCGCAACCCACCGGCUUGACGUCCCACUCGACGACCGACGUCAGCAGAAUGCCCCCACCGUACGAGGAUACCAGCAACCGGGACCUCUACCUCUCAACCCCUCGGCGAUCUGGCAGCCCAUCCUCCUUGUCCCUCCUAGAACCCGCCACCCACAAUUCCCGCCCGUAUUCACCAUACGACGACACAGAAAACCCAUACCUAGUCCGGUCCCCGCUAGACGACGGCCCAUCCAGCCAGACACCUCUCCAUCAUCACGACGCCCCCUAUCCAACCGGCCCUGCCCCUCUAAACGCCCAGGACCCCAUCCCACUACCAGAAUCAUACCAACCCCCACCUCUCAAUCACGACGGCGCUCAUCCCCCGCGGUAGACGGCCCUUUGCCUGGAUGGCCCUUACCCCCAACGAUCAAUCACAAUCAUGUACAUAGAUAUGGAUGGACCUCACAUAUUCUCUCAACCUGUUGGCACUGAGAACCAGACGGCCUUUGGUUUCUUGUUGUUGUUCUCAUUACGAUGCCUAUGAUCUUAUACUCUUGUCAUAUACAAAUACCCAUCGCUUU